AACAAAGUCAGUUAAUUAGUUGCUGCCCUUCAGUCGAAGGUCCAUCAGUUGGCAACAUGGCUCUGACGGUAGCCGUGAUUGGCGCGGGGCCCUCGGGUCUGACCAGCGUCAAGUCCUGCUUGGAUGAAGGUCUGAAGCCCACCUGUUUCGAGAGCGGCCCUGACAUCGGUGGUCUGUGGAGAUUCAAGGAGAACCCCGAGCCGGACCGGGCCAGCAUCUACCACUCUGUCAUCAUCAACACCUCCAAGGAGAUGAUGUGUUUUAGUGACUUCCCCAUCCCGGCCCACUUCCCCAACUACAUGCACAACACCCUCAUCAUGGACUACUUCCGCAUGUACGCCGACCACUUCAAGCUCCGCAAGCACAUACGCUUCAAUACCAAAGUCUUGCGGGUGAAUCAGAGGGCUGACUUUUCUCGUUCCGGCCAAUGGGACGUGGAGACGGAGAACCAAGAAGGCAAAAAGAAUAAACACAUCUUUGACGCCGUGCUGGUCUGCAUCGGACACCACUGCCACCCCAACCUGCCUCUCCAGGACUUCCCAGGCCUGGACACGUUCCAGGGAAAAUACUUCCACAGUCGUGACUACAAGACACCCGAGGAGUGGCGGAACAAGAAGGUGGUGGUGGUCGGCAUCGGGAACUCCGGAGGUGACAUCGCCGUGGAGCUCAGCAGGUUCACCAAGGAGCUUUAUCUGAGCACCCGAAGAGGGGCUUGGGUUCUGAAUAGAGUCGGGGACAACGGUGUGCCCCUGGACUUGGGCAUCAACAGGGUGACUGGGCUGCUCAGGGACCUGCUUCCUUUCGGAGUGGUCUGCAACCUGGGAGAGAGUCAACUCAACCGGCGAUUUAAUCACACCCUGUAUAGCUUGAAGCCCAACCACAGGUUGUUCAGCCAACAUCCCACGGUGAACGAUGAGCUUCCCAACCGCAUCCUGUCGGGGACAGUGCAGGUGAAGCCCAACAUUCGCCGAUUUGAAGGCUCCAUGGUGGAAUUUGACGACGGCAGCGUGGUGGAAGAUGUGGACCUGGUGGUUUUUGCCACAGGCUACAGGUUUUCCUUCCCCUUUCUGGCCCCGCAUGUGAUCACUGUGUCAGACAACAAGGCAUCUCUGUACAAGUACGUGUUCCCGCCAGAGUUGGAGCGCCACACCCUGGCCAUUAUUGGCCUGGUGCAGCCUCUGGGGGCCAUUAUGCCCAUCUCUGAGAUGCAGGCCAGGUGGGCCACCAGGGUCUUCAAAGGCUGCAUCAAGCUCCCUCCAGCGGCUGACAUGCUGGACGACAUCAAGUAUAAGCAGGAAACCAUGGCUGACAGGUAUGUGAGUAGUCAGAGACACACCAUCCAGGUGGACUACAUGAACUACAUGGAUGAGAUCGCGACGCCUGUGGGUGUGCGGCCCAAAAUCCUCCGGGUUCUGUUGACCGACCCGAGGCUUGGCCUCAGCUUGCUCUUCGGCCCCAUCACCCCGUACCAGUACCGUCUGCGCGGGCCCGGCAAAUGGACCGGAGCCCGUCAGGCCAUACUGACACAGUGGGACCGGGUGGCCCUGCCCAUGCAGACCCGACCAUGUGACCAAGCUAAAGCCAAAUGCUCUCUGAAGUGGCUACUUGUUGUGUUGUCCACCAUGGGCGUGGCUGUGUAUGUGAACAGAAGCAACCUGGGUGCUUUACUACAAAACCCCGACACGCUUUUGGACAGGGUCAAGAUGUGCCUGACCACACUGGGACACUGAAAUAAAUAUAAGUGGUGAUACACAUUUAAAUCAUAUAAUUAAUUCACUUGGUGAAAAGGAGAUACAAACUGAAAUAUCACGUUUGGUGAAACCAUUUUUUGUAGGACUGAAAUUAUAUCCACACUGCGUUUUUUUAAUUACUCUAUGGGCAUAGAUAUGUUGAUGUUAGGACAAUAAGCAAUGCAUUUUGAUACAUUUGCACCACAGGAAGGGAUCAAUUUUUGAACUGAGAUAUACACAAUUGCAAAGAGGACCAAAAUGUACCAGGAUCCACCCACAAUAAUUGUGAAAAGGCAGCUCUUUUAAGCUAUAAAAUAAUAACCUCUAUUUCAGUUGAAGAUAAUAAAUUCAGCAGAACUGUGAA